ACAACUGUAGUGCGCACGUAGUAGUCCAUCAUGGUAUAGUGUGUGAUGCGAAAACCUGCAGCCGGCACGGGUGAAUCACAAGUUUCUCUGGUUGAUUAGCCAUUUCUGGGAAAAUCUUGCUCUCGGCGAAAAUGUGUUAUGCUUAUUGCUGUCACAAUGCUUCUGAAAUAGAGCACACAUAGUCUUAUUCUCAUCAGAUUCCAGGUGAAGACGCUAGUUGCUUUUAAACUCUGUGAAAAUUCGAAGCAACAAGAAGUCCGCGGAGUGAUUCCAGCACCAGUCACAGCGCCGUCCAUUACCGGGAACUCUACCGCGUUGCGGGACCGUGAAUCAUCGCUGUUGUUACUCACCGGCAGUCGGCAUGAUGCAGAGUAUUAAAUGCGUGGUUGUGGGGGAUGGGGCCGUCGGUAAGACAUGUCUACUGAUCAGCUACACAACCAAUGCUUUCCCUGGAGAGUACAUCCCCACAGUGUUUGACAACUACUCCGCCAAUGUGAUGGUGGACGGCAAGCCAGUCAACUUGGGCUUAUGGGAUACGGCGGGACAGGAAGACUACGACAGACUCCGGCCACUGUCCUAUCCACAGACAGAUAUUUUCCUCAUCUGUUUCUCAGUCGUCAGUCCGGUGUCGUACGAAAACGUCAGAGCAAAGUGGGCGCCAGAAGUCAGACAUCACUGUCCGCAGGCCCCCAUCAUUCUGGUGGGCACCAAACUGGACCUGCGGGACAACCAGGAGACCAUCGAGAAGCUGAAGGAGCGCAAUCUCAGCCCCAUCAAGUUCCAAGAGGGCAUUCAGAUGAACAAGGAAAUCGGUGGUGUCAAGUAUCUAGAGUGCUCAGCGCUGACGCAGAAGGGGCUCAAGAUGGUCUUUGAGGAAGCGAUACGAGUCGUCCUGUACCCGCCCAAAAUGCCCAAGAAGAAGAAACACACCUGCCUGGUGCUAUGAAGUGCCAUCCAUUGUAGAAUAGCUGUAUGUAGCGCUGGAGCCUGACUUCAUUGGUUUGAUCUUUUUUUUUCACUGCAAUGAAAAAGCCUCGGCCUUCUUCUCGUAGGCUGAGUCACCUGUGGACUCUAUCACAAGUGGGUAACUGGUGGGACAAUAUGUAGUUGUAUGGGACAGUGCAUGACAAAAUCACUCAGCAUGGGAAUAAGGUUGAGAGUGAGUGUUUAUCUUUUGGACUCUGGAGGGCGCUCUGUGAUUCAUCAGGUGCUUCAGUAAGGAAACAUGAUCGAGGGCUUUGUCGUUGACUGUGGAUUAGGUCACGACGUAUGUUGCACCUUUGCUGCGGUUUUAAAGUGUAAAAGACAUAAUGUCAGCAACGUUCAAAAGACCCUUUAAUAGUCGCUUUUCUUUAUGUACACCUUCCUUUGAUGGCUGGAUGGAUCUUGUCUCACUUCACUGUCUUAGGAAAGUGUUGGUGUAAACAGAACACAUUUCAGUUCUAUUGUCACAACCAGGACUCACACUUAACCAUUUUUUAUGCAUGGACAUUGCUAACCAGAGAUGAAACCAACCUCCAUAGACCUUUAUCGUGAUUCUACCAUGUUUGUCAUUCUCCCUGUUGCCCCCAUGGCAAUAGUAAUGCAACUUCACCUGUUGAUAAAAGGGAACUGACUAUUUUGCCUUCCAGCCUCAGUUAUAUUGAAUUUAAUGGUGGGAAAGCAAGAUGGCAGCCCCACGACAGAGGUCUAUAGGCAGCUGUGAAUAUCCAACUGGACUGUUGUUUACUAGCAUUUGUUUAGUCACACUGUUGUCAAUAGUGAUUCCAGGCCGUUUUCCAAUACUCAACUUAGGCUCCGUCUCAGGCUUCAACUGUUUUUUACUAGCUGCCUUUGAAGCUGUAA